AAUAAUUAUUUAGAUUGGAAAAAAAUAGAGAUUUCUUGUUACUUCGAUAAAUGGCUUGAAGUUAACAUAAAUACACACUUUUGAUGCGUAACCAUAAAAAUUUGAAAUAUAUCUGUCCUAAAUCCAACUGUUUAUUUUUAAUACUCCAAUUUCAUGUAAAGUUGAAAACCUACGUUUAUCAUUAUAAAAUGAACAUUUUGGAAUAAGUAUUUGUAUUCACCAUUAUUAACUUAUACAGUCUCUAUAACAAUUGUUUAAACAUGAAUCACUGCAAUUUCUGAAAAAUCCGCAUUCAUUAUUUUAGGAACGUCUCUGGUUUUAUUAAUUUUUCGGCGGGAAUCGAUGGGCUUUGCUCGAAAGCGUAAACGUAAGCAUAGCGGCGUUGCCCAGACGAGACAUCGUGCCGCGCCGCGUCUAAAAUUCCUGAAACACGCUGUUUGAUCGUUAUCCCCGCUCACUUCCCUUCUCUCUCGUUCUAUCACAUUCGGUAGUUGGCUUGACUCUAUCCUCGAUUCCUCGACGCCGUUGCAGCAGUGCUCUAGGUUCAGAUUACAUAUUGAAACAAAGAAUGAUAAUUUAAUAUCGCGCGCACGUAUUUUCCAAUAUUUACAUCUUCCUAAUUGACUUAGUGUACUUCAAUAGUCAUGUAUGGAUAAACGUACAUGUAAAUGCAGACUGGCUCUCCGGUUCUGCGUUAAUUACUACAAAACAAAUAACACGGUGGUGAGUGUUAGUUGAAAUUUCAUUAAAAUUUCCAUUCACAGCAGCCUUAACGUGGAAGUGAGAUAGUUAAUAGUGUUAUAAGGAUUCGAUAGAAUCAUUUAGUCAAUAUUCAAAGAAAAUAAAUAUUGUGUGAACAUUCCUCCUCAUAGCAUGGCCUCGGUCGCCGCUUGGCUGCCUUUCGCGCGGGCGGCGGCCAUAGGUUGGGUGCCCAUAGCUACACAUCCUUUACCUCCACCCCCUGUACCAAAAGACAGAAGAAAGGCCGAUGACGAAAAGUUGCUAAUUAAUGUGUCCGGGCGACGUUUCGAAACUUGGAGAAAUACAUUGGAAAAAUAUCCAGACACUCUCUUAGGAUCGAACGAAAGAGAGUUUUUCUACGAUGAAGAUGUUAAAGAAUACUUCUUUGAUAGAGAUCCGGAUAUUUUCAGACAUAUUUUGAAUUACUAUAGAACAGGUAAAUUACAUUACCCUAAACACGAAUGUUUAACAAGUUACGAUGAAGAGUUAGCAUUUUUCGGUAUACUUCCCGAUGUCAUAGGAGACUGUUGUUAUGAAGACUACAGAGAUAGAAAACGAGAAAAUGCCGAAAGACUUAUGGAUGAUAAACUCUCAGAAAAUGGCGAUCAACAUCUUCAGCAAUUAACGAACAUAAGACAAAAAAUGUGGAGGGCAUUCGAAAAUCCUCAUACAUCAACAGCUGCCCUAGUAUUUUACUAUGUAACAGGGUUUUUCAUAGCAGUUUCAGUAAUGGCAAACGUUGUCGAAACAGUACCAUGCGGUAGUAGACCUGGAGGAGCUGGUUCUUUGCCUUGUGGAGAACGUUAUAAGAUAGUGUUUUUCUGCUUAGACACAGCCUGUGUAAUGAUAUUUACGGCAGAGUAUCUUCUCAGGAUGUUCGCGGCACCAAAUCGUUAUAAAUUUGUAAGGUCAGUCAUGAGUAUUAUAGAUGUAGUUGCUAUUUUACCAUAUUAUAUAGGACUGGGUAUUACAGACAAUGAUGAUGUUUCUGGUGCAUUUGUUACUUUACGAGUAUUUAGAGUUUUCAGAAUUUUCAAAUUUUCAAGACAUUCUCAAGGUCUUCGAAUUUUGGGCUACACACUUAAAUCUUGCGCUUCCGAAUUAGGAUUUCUUGUAUUUUCAUUGGCAAUGGCGAUCAUUAUAUUUGCAACUGUAAUGUUCUAUGCCGAAAAAAAUGUUGGGAAAACCUUUACGUCAAUUCCAGCAGCAUUUUGGUACACCAUAGUCACAAUGACCACGUUGGGUUAUGGAGACAUGGUGCCGGCAACUAUAGCUGGAAAAAUAGUUGGUGGAGUUUGUUCUUUAAGUGGUGUCCUGGUUAUUGCUUUACCAGUACCUGUUAUCGUAUCUAAUUUUAGCAGAAUAUAUCACCAAAACCAACGAGCAGACAAACGGAAAGCUCAAAGGAAAGCGAGACUAGCUCGUAUUCGUAUUGCCAAAGCUUCAUCGGGAGCAGCAUUUGUUAGUAAAAAGAAAGCUGCAGAAGCACGGUUAGCAGCACAAGAAUCUGGAAUAGAAUUGGAUGACAAUUAUAGAGAAGAGGAUAUUUUCGAAUUACAACACCAUCAUUUAUUGCGCUGUCUAGAGAAAACUACCGAUAGAGAAUUUGUGGAGCUUGAGGUACCAUAUAAUGGUCAUCCAAAACGACCUGGCUCUCCAUCUCCAAUGGCCAGUCCAGCUCAUUCAGCAGUUUCAAUGGGACUUCUACAAUCUUGUUGUGGUCGUUGUUGCCCAAGAAGGUACCAACAAACCUGUGGGAAAUAUAUGCCCGCUGCAUCAGCAGCUCAAACCAACCAAACAGGAAGUGGUUUAGACGGAACAUAUUUAGUAGAAGCGUCAUUUUAAGACAUAUCACAUUUUGAUUCUUACAAAAUAGUAUUAUCAUACCAUCGGCCUAACAUCGUUAUGACGAACAUAGCCUAAAACUAGUGUUAUAAAAAAUUAUGUGAAGUGUCUUUUUUAGUGAAAGAAGUUGAAAAAUGCUUAAGUCUACUAGGAACAGUAUUACAGAACCAUCGUUUUGUAGUUAGAUACGGACAUUGAGUCUAUUAUGUUGAAAUUUUAUUAAAUAAAAAUUCGAUUCUGCGUUUGUACGCUCGUACAAUUGGAGACAAACAUUAAUUUGAUAAUUCGCACAAAAUAUUUCUAAAAUUGAAAUAUUUCGUGAUAUGAAUAUAUGCAGCAAUAGCUAAUCAGUUUUGUAUUAUUCAAAAAUUUUAAGAAGAAUAACAUUCAUUAAUGACUUAAAUUGUAGUUUCGAGUGAAGCUAUUUCCUCUUGUCGAGCGAGACGUGUACAAUUUAAAAUACUAACAUGUUUACUGACGUAUACGCAUUUCUAUCUAAAAGUGGUAAUGGAAAUUGGCUCUCUGGUACUUAGACUACGUUAGGGUAUUUUGAAGGGGUGAGUUCCUCGUAGAAAAUCGCUAGGAGAUCAUUAUAAUUAAUUAUAGGAAUAGUUUACAAACAUUCUUCGAAGACCAGCUUUCUGGCUGCUAGAAAUUACCGUGAAUUUUAUUUGAAUUUACCUUAAAAAUGGUAUAUGAACACUAUUCAUGACUAGAGUCGUUAUUACCGUAUUUUUAUUUAUUCUUGUUAUGUCCCGAUAUAUAUUUGAUAUAAUGUUUUAACUACGCGAAAAAAACUAAGGACGUCAUGUUCAAGUUACUUAAUUACGUGUCUGUUCAAGAUUAUAAAAAUCCAUGUGACUAAGAUAACAAUUACUUUAUCUGUGAUAGGAAAUUGCAUUUUUUCUCUCACGCCAAACCAUUAUUCGAGAAGUGUCCGAUUUCUGGAAGAUUGAGUUAAAAUUCAAAGGCAACUUGAAUCAGCCAACGAUAGAAAAUUUUAAUUUGAAUUAUUGUAUCAAGAAAAACAAUCAUUAUGAAAAUGAAAGUCUAUGCUAUUCCAAAUAUGUCAUACAAAUAUACUAAACUGUUGCUAGAAAAUUUUGAUCAGAUUUAAAGUUUCUAUUAAGCUGAAAUUCAAUUACUUCAACAAAUGUACUUUAACUAAGGUAAUGUUAUUCUAUUUAUUUUUCAAAAGUACAAAAUCGUUUAUCAUUACCAUUGUUGAUAAAAAAGUACCACUUUUGUUCGAACUUUUUUUGCAUAGGAUUUAAUAAAUAUAAUUAGGAGUGAGUCAGUUUAAAUUAGCCUAUGCAAAAUAUAGCUAAUCUAAUUUCAUGUUUCAACAAAAUAUAUAUAUAUAUAUAUUUCUUCAAUUUCUUAUUUCUCAGUCCUUUUAUAUAUGUAUAUUCUUCUAAAUUUUAGAUCUCUUAAAGUUUUAAAAUUAGUUUUUUUUUUAAAUUAUUUUUCAAAAGAAUGAUAAAAAAAGCUAUAAAUGAUAAAAAAUACCUCAAUAAUUUAAGUAAACUUUAUACCUCUAUUUUGUAAAUUCUAAUGAAACUACAAAUAAUUCAAUUGAUUACUGCUAUAUAUUUGAGAUGUAGAACUAAUGAAAAAUUAAUUUUUCUUAUUAAAACAAAUUUCUAUUUUUAAUUUAUUCUUAUUUUGAUAUUCAUGAUGUAGGUGAUCUAUUGAAUUGAUUAGUAGUUGAGUAGUUGAGUUUCAAGUUAAACAAAUUUGUCUUAUUGGACUGGUUAUUUUUUAGUGAGGUUUAAAUUUGUUUAUAUUAUUUUAAGACAAAUUUUUGCCCACAUUACUGUCAUUUGUUGGUUUCAGCGCGAAAGAUAAUAUUUGAAAUUUGAUUGAAAGUUUGGUGUGAUGAAGUCAUUGCCAGUUACUCAACCCUUUUUUUGAGUUGAGAGAAACUGUUUGCCAUAUUUGCUCUCUCCUCUAUGAUCCAAAAGGCGACUUCGCUUAUGUGAUUUUUUCCCGUUUCUGAAAUUUUUACUGAUAUUUUUUGUGUUAGAUCUUUUGUUCAUGCUGGGCUGGUUACUUUUUAUGUAGAAGGAUUCUAAAAUUACUCUUUUAUUUUAUUUAUUUUCUAUACCCAAAAUUUUGGCUUCUCCAAAGCUCAUUUUGUGGCCUGUAUUCAUUAUAUGUUCAGAUAGGUCGCAAUUACGUCAAAGAUUCUGCAAUCACACAACUGGUAUUGUGUGAUGCGUUGUUGUGAAGUUCGAGAGGUUUGGCCUGUGUAUUUCUUAUCACAAUUCAUACAAGGAUUAUUGUUAAUGCAAUUUUUCUGUUGUGAAGGUUCUUCUUUUUAUUUUAUUUUUGAUUGAAUUUUGUUGAUUGUUAAAAUAAUUUUGGUUGCAAUUUUUAUGUUUUCAUUUUUGAGCAUUUGUGGAAUUUUUUGUGAUAAUUGGCCUAGUUGUGGUACGGAACCGUAUCUUUGUGUGGGGGUUGUUUCAUUGUUUUCACUGUUGUUCUACAUGUUAUUGAUUGCAUCAUUUGUGAUAGUGUUCCAUAUGAUUUUAGAGGAGAUUUUUUGCAUAGCUGUUUUCUAUAAGAGUUUGAUGUUUAGCUCUUUGUUUUUCAGAGUGGAUGACUUAAUAUGUUUAUUCUGUUUUUCAGUACUAGGAUCUGAUUUAUUUUCAUAUUCAUAGGGUAAUGGUAAUUUAUGGAUCAUCCCAAGUUGGAAGGUAUGAUGCACCAGUCGUGAGUCGUCAUUUCUUGUGAUCAUUUUGGUGCAUAGAAAAGAAAACAAUUUAGCAUAGAAAAAGAAACCAAUAGAGAUGUACCUUUUCCUGUUUCCCCUAAGUAUUAUAUAUAUAAGUGUAUUUUAUUAUUGGUAACGUAGCAAUGAAACACCAAAACAACCUAACUUUAGUAUAUAUUCCGAUCAACUUGAAAAUCAUGAGAUUCAAAAUUUAAUAUUCAAAAUGACGAAUGAUAGAGUAAAUUGUGUUGAUUGCUAGAAUAAUUUUGGUUGCGAUUUUUGUGUUUUAAUUUUUAAGCUUUUGUUGAAUAUUUCAUGAUAAUUGGCCCAGUUGUAGUAUGGAAACAUAUCUUAGCGUGGGGGUUGUUUCAGUGGUUUCAUUGUUGCUCUGGAUAUCAAUCAAUAUUUCUAUCAUUUUGAAUAUUAAAUUUUGAGUCCCGUGAUUUUCAAGUUGAAUUAAUACAAUUUAAAGCCACCGCAAAUUUUAAUUAAUUAUUUUCCAGACGUUGAAUACAUAAGUAUUCGAAAACUCGGAAUAUAUAUUAUUUAGUUAGUCUACUUUGGUGUUUCAUUGCCACAUUCCACAAAAGAAAAAGCUCAUCUCUAGCUCGCAAAGACUUCGUUACCAUUAUAUUAAAUGACAUUGGCUUCAGGUCAACUAAUGCUUAUCGCAUCUGAAUUUUUCAUUUCUCAUAUUUGUAAUGGCCAAUUAACAAACUUUUUUAUAGAUGCCCUGACAUGUUUGAGUUUUAUAUUAAUCGUAACUAUUUUGAAUCUCAGUAUUGGCAAAUUUCUAUAGAAAUGAAGACGAUCGUGAAUGCACGGGUGUCACAGGUGGGGGAAAUUUUUUCAUUUUUAGUUGAAAAUUACAUUUGAUCAAAUAUAAACAAUCUGGGGCUACAUGCUGUUAAAUUUCUAGAGUAACGACGUUAUAGUUUGAAAUAUUCAAAAUAUUUUUGGAAAACUGUUAGAAUAUCUAACGUAAAAAUGGGAUUAUUAAGUGUAGGAUUGAAGGGUUUGAGUGGUGAGAGAGAAUGUUAGGAAAAGAAUAGGGUUGGAAAAUUCUAAGCACAGACAAUAGAAUAGUGGAAUAAAAAGUUUUAAAAUUUUUUGGAAAAGAAUUUUUCUUGUAAGUAAUUUUUUUUUAACAACGAAUAGAGUCUAUAAUAUUUCCCUCUUAAGCAAUCUUUUUUCCAAAUACAGAUACUAUCGGAGACUACUGGAGACUACUUUCGUGUGAUUUUCUGAGAUUUUUGUUGAUUUGAUCUUCAUAAUCCAUUUUUGCAUUGGAAGGUGAUUACUUUCGUUAAAUCAUAACAAUCAUACAAAUAAUCACAUAUUUAAUUGAACAAACUAUCUCAAGUUAUUUUGUUAAAUGAAUAAAUUUGAAUAUAAUAUAACUUACGUUUACUAACAAUUGUAUGCUAUGAAUAAUGUUUAUAGAUUUUUUAUAAGUUAAGAAUUUUGUUAUUUUCGAUCAUCUGGAAAUUAAAAAACGAAAUGAAAAA